AUGACCUCUUUACCCUGUCCCCUUCCUGACCGCGGUGCCUCCAACGUUGUCUUCCCGGACCUCGCCCCCGCCCUGUCGGUAGUGGCUGCUUACCCGCUCGGACUAUACCCGGGAACCGCAGCUUCUCCCGAUUUGUCCUACUUCCAGUCCUACGGCCACCGGUCCUAUUCCUACCCUGGGCCGGCAACCCCAGGAGACUCCUACCUGCAACAAUCGGUGGCGCCAUCUCAGCCCUUUCACCGGCUGGCUGAAUACCCGCAGGAACUCGAAGCAGAAUCAGAGAGGCUGGCACUGUCUCUGGAGCCCUCCCAGCAGCAGUCCCUGAUCAGGAAGCUGCGCAAGCCCAGAACCAUCUACUCCGGCCUGCAGCUCCAACACCUGAACCAGCGUUUCCAGCACACCCAAUACCUGGCCCUGCCCGAGAGAGCUCAGCUGGCAGCGCAACUCGGACUCACCCAAACCCAGGUAAAGAUCUGGUUUCAGAACAAACGCUCCAAAUACAAGAAGCUCCUGAAACAGAGCUCUGGGGAGCCGGAAGAGGACUUCUCUGGGAGACCCCCCUCCCUGUCUCCCCACUCUCCAGCCCUACCAUUCAUCUGGGGUCUACCCAAGGCAGACACCCUGCCUUCCAGUGGCUAUGACAACAGCCACUUUGGUGCCUGGUAUCAGCAUCGCUCCCCAGUUGUGCUGGCACUGCCUCAGAUGAUGUGA